AUGAGGUAUCUGUUUCUGACUGCAGUCUUGCUGCUGGGGCAGAUAGUGACGGCCUUGUCACCCGCUGAAUGGCGCCCACAGUCGAUAUAUUUCCUGUUGACAGAUCGAUUUGGACGAUCGGAUAACUCGACAAGUGCGGGCUGCGACGUCGGUGAAAGAAUCUAUUGCGGUGGUACUUGGCGCGGUAUCAUCAACCAUUUGGAUUAUAUCCAGGGAAUGGGAUUUACUGCCAUCUGGAUUACUCCCGUGACAAAGCAGUUAUCGCAGAACACUGGUGUGGGCGAGGCUUUCCAUGGGUAUUGGCAACAAGAUAUAUACAAUGUCGACCCACACUUGGGCACAUCCGAUGACCUGAAGGCACUCUCAGCUGCGCUACACGCUCGAGGAAUGUAUCUGAUGGUUGAUGUUGUAGCGAAUCAUAUGGGGUAUGCUGGCGCCGGAAGUAGUGUGGAUUACAGCGUUUUCUCACCCUUCAACUCUUCUUCAUACUUCCACUCCUACUGUUCGAUCAGUGACUACAAUGACCAGUCUAACGUUGAGAAUUGCUGGCUGGGUGAUAACACCGUGUCCCUGCCGGACCUGGACACAUAUCGCACUGAUGUGAAGGAUCUUUGGAACAAUUGGGUCUCUGAGCUGGUGUCUAAGUACUCGAUUGACGGACUGCGCAUCGAUACCGUGAAGCAUGUCCAAAAGUCUUUCUGGCCCGACUUCAAUGCCGCUGCAGGCGUCUAUUCUGUUGGAGAAGUUUUCGAUGGAAAUCCAUCUUACACCUGCGACUAUCAGAACUACAUGGACGGCGUCUUGAAUUAUCCGAUUUACUAUCCGCUGCUGAAUGCAUUCCAAUCAUCCAGUGGCAGCAUUAGCAACCUUUACAACAUGAUCAACACUGUCAAAUCCGGUUGCAAAGAUUCAACAUUGCUUGGAAACUUCAUCGAGAAUCACGAUAACGCACGAUUCCCAAGCUACACGGGCGACUAUUCACAGGCCAAGAAUGUAAUCUCGUUCCUGUUCCUGUCUGACGGUAUCCCCAUCGUGUACGCUGGUCAGGAGCAACACUACAGUGGUGGCAACGACCCAUAUAAUCGUGAGGCCGUCUGGCUCUCUGAGUAUUCUACCACGGCAGAGUUGUACAAGCAUAUUGCGACUACGAACAAAAUCCGCAAACUGGCGGUCUCCGCAGACUCUAGCUACAUUACCUACAAGAAUGUCCCCUUCUACCAAGAUAAUCACACUCUGGCCAUGAAGAAGGGAUCCAACUCACCGGUCAUUACCGUGCUCUCCAACGCCGGGUCUUCCGGAUCAUCCUACACAUUGUCACUGGGUGGGAGCGGGUACUCGUCUGGUGCCAAAUUGACCGAGUUGUACACCUGCACAUCCAUCACGGUGGAUUCCAACGGCAACAUCGCCGUACCAAUGGCAUCUGGACAGCCACGUGUACUUGUGCUCACCUCGACCGUCGGCAACAGUGGUCUAUGCGGCUAA